AUUCUCCUUCUAUAUUUUUGCAGCUUCUGUUUGUAAUCACAGACUCUGGACAAGACCCAGACCAAGAGCCAUCCACUCCACUUGACCGGGCAUCUUUACCUCUCAAAAACAAAGUGGUAGAGGUCUAUGCUCUGGGUGUCGGAGACAAGGUCCCCGAACAGAACUUGCGAGAUAUUGCGUCAAGACCACAGAACGUUUUUAGACCUGUCAGCUCUGUCAAAGACCUCCCACAGAGGCGCCUGACAAUAGUAGAAAACUGGAGAACAUACUUAAGAGAUCGCUGGGUAGCUGUAGACAUCGGUUUUGUUGUGGACGCGUCGAGCAAUGUUUCACCUGAGAUGUGGAGAGACUUCAAAGAUAUAGUUAAGAGGACAGUAGACCGUUAUCACGUUGCACCCAGAUCUGCAAAUGUCGGAAUGGUUACUUACGGAAACAAUGCUAGGAUGUUGUUUAACUUUAAUGACGAAUUACCUAAUAACUACGAAGUAAAGCGCGCUGUGGAUAAAGCUCCCUUGGUACGAGGAAGACCUAGACUUGAUCGUGGUCUGCUAAUGGCUUCCAGGUCCUUGUUUACGGAGGAAAAUGGAAUGAGAAGAUGGGUGCCCAAGCUCCUUUUUGUGAUAACAGCAAGUUCGCUGUCGAGCUAUCCGGAAGGGUACACACCUUUAGUGACUGCGUCACGGGGACUGAAAGACCGUGGAGUUCAAAUUUAUGUACUUGGGGUAGGGCCAGACGUGGAUGACCAGCAGCUAAAUGACGUCGCUUCACGCCCGCAAAAUAUUUACAGAGAACCUAUUAGCCGGUUACCAAAGUUUGGACCAAAACUUUGGAACAGCUGGAGAGAUUACAUACGCGGUAGAGGCCUCUAUCCUGCAGCAGAUGUAGCGUUUCUUCUGGGGUCAUCGCCUCGAACAACACCGCAGACUUGGAAUGCAUUCCAAACUUUUGCCAAGACAGUGGUUGACACACUCGGUGCAUCACCAGAUGGUGUCCGUUACAGUGCCAUUGCAUUUAACUCGGAACCUCGAGUAACAUUCCGAUUCAACACUUUGCAAGGACCCCAGUACACACCGGAAAACGUCAAACGUCGUAUUGAUGACAUGCGUUAUACGAGAGGAAGCACGCGUAUUGACAAAGCUGUGGAACUGGCUAGCAACGUUUUGUUCACUCCUCAGUCUGGCAUGCGAAAAGAUGUGCCACGGCUCGUAAUCCUCUUGGUUGAUGGUCCACAAGACAGAGACCAAGUCCCAUACACUCCUUUGUCGCGAGCAUCGCAGCGACUAAGGGACCGCGACAUUCCUAUAUAUGCAAUUGGCGUACGGCCCUAUACUCCUGAAAAAGAACUGGAGGAUCUUACAUCCGACAGAUCAAGGGUCUUCUUCUAUCCAUUUGAUGAGCUUCCAAGACGCACGCCACAGGUUCUCAAUCGAUGGUACGACAACUGGUUAACUAGAUGGCGUCCCAUAGCCCCUACGGACACCAAAUGUAGACAAGAGUAUCAAGCAGCAUUAACGAACUAUGUGGUGGGUCGAUAUGUUCCACGCUGCAGACCAGAUGGCAGCUAUGAAAAUCUCCAGUGUCGUACUACCGUUUGCUUCUGUGUCGAUCGAAAUGGAAAAGAAAUUCCAGGGAGUCGAAAAUCGGCGUACAGUCCUCCAAACUGUCUUAAAUUCGUUGAUUCGCCCACCGAGUGUCAGAAAAAAUAUAAGGAAGCUGUCGCCCGUCGCUCGUAUGCAAAAGGUGGCUAUGUACCCAGGUGUCUUCCAGAUGGAACGUACGAUGAAGUGCAGUGUGCAGGUGGUUACUGCUGGUGUACUAGUCGAUCAGGAUCAAUCAUUAGUGUGGGUGUAACAAGAGGAUGGCCAUCGUGUGCCACUGGAGGUAAACCACAGACUCUUUGCCAGAGACAGUACGAGAAAGCGUAUAACUUACCUUACAGUAACACCUACGUACCACAUUGUACACCUGAUGGAAAGUACUUCCCUGUACAGUGCGAAGCAUCUGUGUGUUUCUGCGUAGACCAACAAGGAACACGAGUCAAGGCUUCAGCUAAGCUGCUCCCAUCAUUCCCAUCUUGCGAUGCUACGCCAGCCCUUCCUCUGUCCCCUUGUCAGAAGGAAAGAAAAUCAGCAACCGAACGCCAUGUGGUAGGUCGGUGGGUACCACAGUGUCAGGAAGAUGGUUCCUAUUACCCCGUGCAAUGUACCACCGGCUGGGAUUGUUGGUGUGUUGAAGAGGAUGGAAGAGAGAUCCAAAGCACUAAAAGAAGAGGUUGGCCGGAUUGUGACCCACAAGUGAAGAGACGAACAGAAUGUCGGCGUCACUUUAAAACAGCAUUGCUCCGUCUCCUCCCUGGUAGAUUUGUUCCUCGUUGCAAAGCAGAUGGUAGCUACGAUCCGACACAAUGUGUGGGUUCAGUAUGUCUUUGUGUGGACAGCCGUGGAAUAGCAAUUCCAGGCACAUCAAAAGCACGCUUUAUUAAACCAAACUGUGAAUCCCAGGGUUGGAGACUGACAAGAUGUCAACGACAGUACCAAGAAUCAUCACGCUUCUCCUAUGUAGGACGUUAUGUUCCCAAGUGUCAUCCAGAUGGUCGUUACAAAGAAGUCCAGUGUUACAGGAAUAAAUGCUUUUGUGUUGGCGGCAAUGGUCUCAAUUUAGGCGUCAAUGAAACUCUGUUACCGGACGUUCCAAGCUGCCCACCCACCCCUGAAUCAGACCCUCCAAAUCGACUUCCAACACCAUGUGAAAGGCAGCGUGAGGCAGCUCUCCAAGGUUCGGCAGAUGCUUUUGCACCAAAUUGCCGACGAGAUGGAUCCUUUGAUCCUAUUCAGUGUAAAGGAUUAAUGUGCUACUGUGUAGACAACAACGGAAAGGCCAUAAAGGGAACAGACACACCUCGCCCAUAUCAACCAAAUUGUUAUGGUCCCAAUCCUACCGAAUGCCAGAAAGCUUACCUGGAAGCGUUAAGAAGCUAUCUGCCAGGCCGUUUUAUCCCGAGUUGCACGCGGGGUGGCAAAUUUGACCCCAUUCAGGUUGAAGGGUCUGAUGCGUUCUGUGUGGACGAUGGAGGCAGAGAAAUACCCGGAACUAGAGUUACAAGGCCAUUUAGACCCAAGUGUGUUGUGGAUAAACCUGGUCGAUGUCCCAAGCCACGAAAUGGGGUCCAAGAAGUAUGUGUAUAUGUUAAGAAUCCCAGCGAUCCGAAUCCUCUGCGAGAAGAUAAAUGCCAACGAGACAACGACUGCACAGAUGAUCAAAAAUGCUGCUUUGAUGGUUGUGAUAACGAUUGUGUCCCUAAAGAUCCCAACGAAAAAUAUGGUGGCAAUUGUCCAAUUCCUAUGGAUACUACAUUUAUUAUUGGCUCAUCUGGGAGCAUUGGUAGCAGUCGUAAUUGGAUUCGCCUGUUGAACUUUGUCCAAACUUUAGUCAGUGUUUUUGGCGUGUCACCAUCUGGAACUCACGUUUCACUUAUACCAUACAGUACAGAUCCUGAAUUGGCUCUCAAAUUCAACACAUUAUCUGGCUCACUUCUCAGUGUCCAAGAGGUCAACAGACAGGUUGCUCGCCUACGCUGGCAGAAAGGUUUUAAUCGAAUUGAUAAAGCGAUGGAACUAGCUGACAAGGAGGUGUUGACAAGUAGUGCUGGCAUGAGAGAUGUUCCAAGGCCUGUCCUUGUAAUCACGGAUGGAAAACAAACUACUAAUUUAGGACCGUACACUCCUCUCGAAGCACUCUCCUUGCGGCUGCAGAAGAAGAGAGCGAGUGUAUUCGCCUUGGGUAUUGGCGACAACAUUGACAAAUCGGAACUUGAAAAAAUCGCCAGUUCGCCUGAUAACGUGUUUACAGUUAAAUCAUUCGACGACUUGGAAAGCAAAGUGCAGCAAAUAAGGAAUGGCUUCUGUAUAGUGCCGCCUCUACGAACGACGCCAUCACCGCAACCCACAACUCCGGCAGAUCCAUGCAAGACUGACGGCUGUGACGCCCCUUACAACAUAGGCUGCAGAGUUGUGGACAAUGCAGCAGAGUGCAUCUGUCCCACAUGUCCCGACACAGUUAGCCGUGUUUGUACAUCAGAUGAUGUUCAAGAUCGAUCUGAGUGUCUCAUGAGGAGGCAGUCUUGUGUCAGUGGUGAUCUUGUGACUGUGGCUAAAAGUGGACCAUGUGAAAUGGAAUGCAAACCAAUUGCCGAUAUUGCAUUCGUCAUCGAUUCAUCUGGAAGUAUUGGAAGGAGCAACUGGGGACGUAUGAAGCGAUUCCUAAAAGCGAUUGUCAGCAAACUGGACGUCAGUCCUGCCGCUACACACUUAUCAGCUAUUGCGUACAGCAACGAUCCUGAGGUGGUUUACCGAUUUAACAGCCGCCAGGGAACAGAUGACGUUAACAAGGCGUUUGAUGGAAUGCUUUGGCAGCGCGGUUUCACUUAUACAGACAAAGCCCUUCUCCUUGCAGACAGUGAUUUAUUCCAGGCUGGAAAUGGCAUGAGACAAGAUGUAUCAAAGGUAUUGAUUGUCAUCACCGAUGGAAAGCAAACAACAUCUAAAGCGUAUACCGAACUAUCAGUAGCCUCACAAGGAGUAAAGAACAAAGGCGUCGCAGUAUAUGCUGUUGGAGUUGGCAAGGGAGCUGAUGCAGCAGAGUUGAGGGAAAUUGCAUCGAGCCAAGAAAAUGUCCUUAUAUCUACAUCAUUUAAGGAACUCCAACCCAUUGCCGUGGAGCUACGAAAGAGACUUUGCGAUUUGCCACCUCCUGUAACCACUCCAACACCAGCACCUACAACUCCAGGUAUGACGGUGGUACCAGUUGUCGUCCAGACAACUAAUUACCUUGCCAAAUUAACAAAUAGAUUCCAUGUUGCCGUGCGUCUGUUCAGUAAUAGAUCGCAGAUG